AUGGUAAAGUUUAACAUUUUAGCGGUGUUGCUACCUCCUCUUUCCUUAGAGUUUGUUCUUGCCGGGGCUGUUAUCGAAAGGAGAGUUGCCGUUGAUGGUGAUACUACCUUAAAUCCCAUCGCAACUGAUUCGGCCGAAGGAAUUGCGGGAGGUCUAGUCAAUUGUGUAUCACCUCCGUUAAAUUCAUUUUUUGCCGGUUUGAAACCACCAUAUCCAACAAACUCCUGGUGGGCUCCGUUUGCGGCCCCUCCUGGCAAUGCCACUGCUGCAGGCCCUUUUCCGUAUGAAAGCUCCUUAGAUGGUAAUGGUAUCGUGUUUGGCAUUAGUACCAAUAGGCAAAUGGAUGGUACCUCAAUUAAACAGCCUACCCAGAAGGACUGGAAAGCAUCAUUUAUCGAGCAUAGCGGCAGUUUUAUUAAUCAUAAGGCAGUCGCGUUCGACACUCAGUCCGUCACCAUACAGUAUUUCCAAUAUAAUGCGUCGAUGACGGCGUAUCUGGUACCGGGCUCGCCAUACCUGACCUUCCAAUACAAUGCAUCUACUCCAAUUCUAACAAGCAACAAUGGAGGUAUCAAGGCAUUCAAUGGCUUGACCUUGAAAGAUGGACAAAGUGUCAAUGCAACUGGUACUACGUUUAAUGUAACCGAUAACAAAGAUGCAACAUACAUUAUAUAUGCUUUGUCACCAAUUUCCCUGACAGCAACUUCCGGGCAAGAUGGAGGGUCGAUCCGAGCUAACUCAAUCUACUCUGGAGUUCUACGUCUCGUCAAACUUGACAAACCGGCACAUCAAGCUCUCUUAAACGAGCACAGCAAUGUCUAUCCUACUUCAGUAAAAACAAGUUAUUCCUUUGCGAACAAUACGGCCAUUCUUUCGUUCGAUUGGAAGGUCGUCGGAGAUGGAGGCCGUCUGUUGAUGCUAACUUGGCCUCAUCACCGCCAAACCUUGCAAAAUGCCAAUUAUCCAGAUACAAGCUCACUGAGCUAUCUCACCACCAAGGGAUGGAUGUACCCCGCAAUUGGUAACAGAUGGCAAAUGCUCCAUCAACUAUCAUCCGUCACUUGGAGCCCCGGACGGAACUUAGAUGAGUCCUGUGUGACACCUGUUCUUCAGGGUUUAGAAUAUGAAGUUGCACAAUUAAACGUUUCCGACGCACCAGUUCCUGGGGACUUCUAUUUUUGGGGCGGCACUCUUGCAGCCACGGCACGGCUUGCAAUAAUUGCAGAUGAUUUAAAACGCACAGACCUCGUGAAGCCAGUGGUAGAGUACCUAAAAGCGUCCUUCGACCACUGGUUUCAACCCUCCUCAACAGUACUUCCAGCAUACGAGUCUACUUGGGGAGGGGUUAUUAACAAAGCCGGUGCAAAUAAUGUCUGGGUCGAUUUUGGUAAUGGAUUUUAUAAUGAUCAUCAUUUCCACUACGGCUAUUUCUUGACAGUAGCUGCGGUAAUUGCCAAAUUUGAUAAGGAAUGGCUUAAGCAGCACAAGGAUUAUAUCAACUGGUUCGCAAGAGAUAUAAUUAAUCCAUCCGAUCAAGAUCCGUAUUUCCCUAUCACCCGCUGUCGCGAUUGGUUCUCAGGGCAUUCCUGGGCAUCAGGGAUUGCGAAUGGCGCUGGGAGUCGGGACCAAGAGUCUGUAGGCGAGGCUAUUAACGGUUACUAUGGCGCGCUCCUAUGGGCAUCAGUGGCGCUUUCCUCAGAAUAUGUUAAUUUUGCUAAGCUUUUGGUUGCUACUGAACAGCAUGCUGCGAAAGUAUAUUGGCACCUCUACCCAGACCUGGCAGAGUCAGAUCGAGACAAUGCCUAUCCCGAACCAGAGAUCCGGAAGCUUGUGACGAUGGGCAAUGUUUUGGACUGGCAAGCUGGUGCUUGGCUCUUCUGGGGUAAUGAGAAAGUUCAAAUUGCUGCCAUUCAGAUUCUUCCCCUGACACCAAUCAACGAGGAGCUUUAUGAUGACAAGUGGGUUCGAAACGUGUGGAAUUAUACGAUGCCUGAAUUAUUAGAUCCCGCAAUUGGCGAUGAAUGGAAAUGCGUCAUUAUUGCUGCUUAUGCGAACUCAGAUCCACAGACCGCUGCUGCCUGGAGUGCCAAUUUAACAACCUGGGGAUCUGGGAACACAUUCACGAAUGAAUUGUACUUCAUUGGAACCCGCCCGAAUCCCAAGUUAGCUCCAAUCUGCGGAACGCUUCCUCAAAACCCAAUUGGAAGUUUUCGAUUGCAAGACUCUGCAACCGGACGAUACGUUGUUGCAUCAGCCAAUAACACGAAUCUGGUCGCCUCGGAUACAAAUCAAGAGUCUGCUGCCGUAUUCAAAAGUGGUUAUGCCCCGAAUUCAGGAAUGCUACAGUUGGUAAGCACUGGUCAAUACGUGACCGCGGACCAAUCUGGUAAAGAUACUCUCGAUGCGGCACGUCCCAGUGCAAAUGCUUGGGAGCGGUUUGUGAUCCGACAGAAGCCAGGGGCGUCGCCUGGCAUCUAUUCUAUCAAGGCAGCUAGUAAUGGUCUCUACCUCACAGUUGGUGCGGAUGGGUCACUUGUGAACAGCGGUACCAAUGAAAGUGCUGGUACCGGCUUUAAAUUUCUGAGAGCAUAG